GAGCCGGCCCAGCUUCAGGGAGGAGGCUUGCCCUCCCCAUCUCUCGCCUCACCCAGCGCCUGCACUCAUUGUGCUGUCCAAGAAACAUCUCCUUCGAUGAUGUCCACUGAACAAAUGCAGCCAUUGGAACUCCCAGAAGACAGACUGGACAAGCUAGACCCUCGUUGUGACCACUUAGAUGACCUUUCAGACCAGUUCAUUAAAGACUGUGAUCUCAAAAAGAAGCCAAGAAAGGGAAAAAAUGCACAGGUUGCCUUGAAUGUUGAGUCAGACCAAAAAAAGCCAAGGAGAAAAGAUACACCAGCACUGCACAUCCCACCUUUUAUACCAGGUGUGCUUUCAGAACACUUACUUAAAAGAUACGACAUUCAAGAGAGACACCCAAAGGGCAAAAUGAAUCCAGCUCUUCAUAACACUGACCUGGAACAGAAAAAACCAAGGAGAAAAGACACACCUGCCCUGCACGUGUCCCCCUUUGCAGCAGGUGUGACACUGCUCAGGGACGAGAGACCCAAAGUGAUCGUGGAAGAUGACGAAAAGGAUGGUGACAAGAUAGCUAUUUAAAGAGAGUUCUCCUGAGAUCACUUGUAAAUAGGUUAGAUUGGUUCCCUGUGGCGACCUAGGAAAAAAAUAGACUUGCUUCUGCUCUCAUUUUG